CGCAGUCCGAUUGAUGCAAUAAUUCGCUCUCCGAUGAAUGGAUUCAUUCAGUGUUAUACUGUACAUGCCGGACCUCUCUUGUCAGUAUUACAGUGCAAGAAAUUCACACUCUGUAAUGAUCUGUUUCUCUAUGGCAACGGUCGCUGAAACUGUCGCGCUGUUCCACCGCGCAGAUGCUGUAUGCUUUGACGUGGACAGCACUGUGAUCUGCGAGGAAGGCAUUGAUGAGCUAGCCAAGUUCUGCGGCGUCGGGGAUGCGGUCACAGAAAUGACACGGAAGGCAAUGUCUGGGUCAGUGUCGUUUAAAAUGGCCCUGAGUGAGCGCCUGUCCAUUAUCAAUUGCUCACGGGAACAAGUCAACAAACUGAUCACUGACCACCCCCCUCAGCUUACACCAGGUAUUAAGGAGCUGGUUGAGAAGUUACAUCAGCGCAACGUGAAGGUCUUCCUUAUCUCGGGUGGGUUUCGCUGCAUUGUUGAACAUGUAGCGUCUCAACUCAGCAUUCCUCUCCAGCACGUCUAUGCAAACCGCUUGAAGUUUUACUUUAAUGGUGAGUAUGCAGGUUUCGAUGAUUCACAGCCAACAGCAGAGUCCGGGGGGAAGGGAAAAGUGAUCAGCCUGCUAAAGGAGCGUUAUGGCUUUGAAACCGUGGUCAUGAUUGGAGAUGGAGUCACUGAUCUUGAAGCCUGUCCACCUGCUAGCGCUUUCAUUGGAUUUGGUGGCAAUGUCGUGCGCCAGCAGGUGAAGGAAAAGUCGUCGUGGUACGUCAUGAGUUUUGGGGAGCUACUGAAAGAACUUGAGAAGAAAUGGCAGUAUCUUGGAAUGGACAUCUAAAAGUAUAUUUGUACUCAAACUGUGGUACUAAUUUUCUGCUUUAGUUUUACACACAAUUUUUAAAAAUGUUUUAAGAGUUUAUUAUAGUUUAAGUAUUGUUUACAUAGAGAGCAUGCUGCAGGAAAAUGCAAACCAGACAGUUUGCAGUAUUGCUUUCUUUCGGUUCUAACUGCAGUUUGUAUUUUAACUAAUGAUUCUUAUUUCAGAUUUACACUAAUUCUGUAUUUGAAAAAUAUGUAUUUUUACUGUUCACACGUGCCAUUUUCAUAAAUCUUUUAAGUAACCAACCAUAUUUCGUAUGUAGUAUGCAUGAGUACAGCAAUAACAAAACACACGAAAUGCUUGUUUAUUGAACAGUUACAAUAAAGGGAAUUAAGGAGCACACAAUGAACAUUUAAAGUACUUCAGUGUACAAUGGAUGGGACAUGCCAUAACAUAAAACAAAAUCAAUUUGUCAACAAGAAACAGUUGCACGAACCAACAUAAUGUAAAUGCAUGCCAAUGUAAUGCAAUAAAUAUAAAAGACUGUUGUUGAAUAAAAGAAAACAAGCACACAUUCUGCACAAACUCAAUAGGCCUUUCAACAAUAACGCUGACUAAUGUCACACUACUUUCAUUUACACAAAAUCUAUGGAAUUAAUGUUUGAUUAUUUUAAUAAGCUGUGUAAUACACAUUAAUUUUGAUUUGCUGAAUUCGUCAGUUGUACUUGUCAUAUGUUAGGAAAAUAUCAUUUUUCCAGCAAAUAAAUAUAUUAAUGUAUACUGUGAUAAGAUAAUAAUGUUAACGCAUUGCCACCAAACUGGAAAAGAUAUUCCCUUCGUGUACGAAUUUAUUAUAGCAAUUCAGUUUCAAUGUGCUUUUGAUAUACUGUAUUUUAAAUUAGAUGGCUAAACAUUUGACUCAAACAACAGAUAACGAUAUUUAAAAAACUUCACUUUUGGCUUACAUUUGCACAUAGUUUGGGUUGCUAGACCUUUUUAUGAUCAAAAUAAACUAUUACAGCAGUAAAUAUAACCAGAUCCCAGGUUGGGAGUGGAAAAGUGGUUAUUUCAACAGGCUCAU